UUGUCACAUGACUGCGCGCUGUAAACAUGGCAGGUCGAGAGGAGUAUCGGGGUCUGUUAGAUGAAGAUGAAGACGAUGAAGAUGUGUCGCGGAACAUGAGCCCGCUGUGUGACCCGACUCACCUGAUGCACCGGAUCGUGGUUCUGGUCUUUAUGUGCUUCCUGGGCUUCGGCAGCUACUUUUGUUAUGACAACCCCGCAGCUCUUCAGACUCAAGUCAUACAGGAUAUGGGUCUGAACACGGCCUCGUUCAUGCAGCUGUAUGCGUGGUAUUCAUGGCCUAAUGUUUUCCUGUGCUUCCUGGGCGGCUUCCUGCUGGACAGGGUGUUUGGCAUCAGGCUGGGAACGAUCAUCUUCUCAUCAUUUGUGUUAGUAGGGCAGAUCAUAUUUGCUGCUGGAGCUCUGGCCAAUCACUUCUGGCUGAUGAAUCUGGGUCGUUUUGUGUUUGGUAUCGGCGGAGAGUCGCUGGCUGUGGCUCAAAACACGUAUGCAGUGAACUGGUUCAAAGGAAAAGAGCUCAACCUGGUGUUCGGCCUGCAGCUCAGCAUGGCCAGACUGGGCAGCACGGUCAACAUGAACGUCAUCGGUUGGGUGUACGGCCGCAUUGAGGCUAUGUUGGGCUCAACGGGACACACCACACUCGGGAUAACACUCAUGAUUGCGGCGUCCACGUGUCUGUUCUCCCUCAUAUGUGCUCUGAUUCUGGGCCUCCUGGACAGAAGAGCAGAGAAGAUCCUCCACAAGGAGCAGGGCAAAACCGGGGAAGUCAUCAAGCUGACGGACGUCAAGGACUUUCCCUUCUCUCUCUGGAUGAUCUUCAUCAUCUGUGUGGCGUAUUACGUGGCCAUCUUCCCUUUCAUUGGACUGGGCAAAGUUUUCUUCAUCGAGAAGUUUGCCUUCUCUACUGUCCUGGCCAGUUUCAUCAACAGUGUCGUGUACAUCAUCUCAGCUCCGGCGUCUCCUCUGCUGGGGUUUGUGGUUGAUAGGACGGGUAGGAACAUCUUGUGGGUUAUGCUGGCCGUCAUCACCACGCUCAUCUCUCAUAUGAUGCUGGCCUUCACCUUCUGGAACCCCUGGAUUGCCAUGUGUCUGUUAGGUUUGUCGUAUUCUCUGCUGGCCUGUGCUCUCUGGCCCAUGGUGGCGUUUGUGGUGCCGGAUCAUCAGCUGGGAACGGCGUAUGGAUUUAUGCAGUCCAUACAGAACCUGGGGCUGGCCCUCAUGUCCAUGGCUGCGGGAAGCAUCUUAGACCUCAGAGGAUACCUGUUCCUCGAGGUCUUCUUCAUCGGCUGCCUGUGCUUGGCUCUGCUGGCGGUGGUGUUGCUGUAUCUGUAUGAUUAUUACAAAGAGGGAGAUCUGAACCUGUCGGCCUCGACACGAGCCAGCCGAAUCAAGUCUGAGUGAAGGCUCUUCACCGCAGCGCGUCUGACGCCCGUCUCCUUCAUCACGGGCCUUUCUGCACUGACCACUUUUUCUGACACGUCACCGCGCGCUUCAGACUACCCACAAUCCUUCACUGAGCACCUCUCCUGUCACCGCUGAACACACUAGAGUCCUGAACCGACUGACAGACAACAUCACGACAUUACAGAUGAGCUUAAAUCAGCUUGACAUUAUUUUUAUUACAGUUCAACACAUUUAAGCCCUGUUACUGUAAUCUAAAAAAGUAAAUUACAAAUGACAUUUUUUUAGUUUACACUUUUAAUUGUACCUCUUUGUAGUUUUUGUUUAUUAACAUGGAAUUACCAUGUAAUACCUCCAGUUCAAUUCACAUGAUUUUAACAAUGAAACUGACCUUGGAUAAGAUGAUUUUAAUCAGAGUUUUAUUAUAGUAAUGGGUUAAAUGUGUGUAAUCAUAAUGAAAAUAAUGUCACAAUAAUGUCUUAAAAUAGAUUUCGUUUUCUUAAAGCGAUAGUUCACCCAAAGAUGAAGUUCUCUUCAAAAUUUUUACAUGAUCAUUUUUUUUCUGCUCAGCAGAAAAAAUAAACUCAGGUUUUGAGAACUUGAGGGUGAGUAAAUGACGACGUUUUCAUUUUUGAGUGAACAAUCCCUUUAAUCUAUUUCUCCUUUUCUUUCCUUUUUUAUUUUUUUGGAAUGAAUGCACAUUUCUCUUCGGAGUGCACGUUUCUUGACGAGGUUCAGUUGUUGACUCAGGGAAAAAUCUGAAACAUCAGUGAGUUUAUUGAGUCUAGAAGCCCAUUCCAGCUUUUCAGAUGUGCAGUAAUAUUCAGGGUCCAUUUGCACGUGAAUAUUGUCAAAUCCGCUUGAGUACUUAACAGAGAACGGCUCUUCAUGUGACAAAACUUUUAUAAGCCGCAGAUCAUGUUGAUGUGUGGCUGUGUAAAUAUGAAUCACUUCUAUAUUGUCUGUGGUGACUGACUGAACCAUAGCCUUCGAUUGGUAAGUAUUCCUGUAUUGUUCUGUCACAGGACAGAUUUCAACCUAUUUAGAUGAUUUUAGCCAGACUCAUAAGUGCCUCCUGUAUUACUUUGGCUUGUUUUUAAACAGUUUUUUUUUUUUUUUUUUAAUCAGUUGUAAUAUUUCUUUUUUGUUUUGAAUAGUAACAUGGGGUUUACUUGAAUGGUUUAUUUUAUCUUUUUCUUUUUCAAACAUGAAAUUGACUCUAUUUACAGCCUAUUUUCCACUCUGAAACAAAUUGGUGUAGCAACAGGUUUUAAUCAGAAAUUGCUGGUAAAGUUUACAUACAGUUACUAAGUAACACACUGAAUUAAACAUAAACUAUACUUGAUUACGUUUUAUCCUUUCAAUUUCAAAAACUUUUUUUUUUUUUUUUACAGCGCACUCAACCUGCUUUACUUGUAAAUAUUGCAAAUGUUAUCACAUGUUGUCUUUAAAUAGUUUUUCUUGAAGUUUUUUUUUUUUUAAUACAUGCUUCUCAGCGUUUGAAUCAGAAUGGAGCUGUAUGAACAAGAUUGAUUUUACAUGCACAUGUAUGUAUCAUCGAGACCCUUUAAACUUGUUUUUGACCAGUAUUUGUCUCCGAUGUGUGGCUUUUAGGACUUUUCAUUUUUUGCACAGUAACAUUUUGAGAAUGUUGCAUUUUCCAUCAAAAUGUAGUGGAAUAUGAAAAAUAGCCAACAGGUAAAUAUUUUUGUUUCUUAUCAGAUUUUGGGGUGAAAGUAUUGACCUGUAUACUCUGUACUAUGCAUCUCUGUGUACUCUUUCUUUGUUCAGUUUGUAACGCUGUAUUUGAAAUGCGUCUGUAUUUUGCUACACAUGUACAGAGAUGUUCAGUUGAACUGUUUGUGAGCGUCUAUAAUGAAGCUCCGGCAGGUGUUUGAUUCUGACCGCUGCAGUGCAGCACAUCCGGCCAAAGCGACACUAUUGAUCUUCACUCUCUGUCACUGACUCACAUCUGUCUUCAUCUCCUCUCACACUCUGUUUGUUAAUGUUGGGUUAUCUGUUUGAUUUCACUUGUUUUUUCAGCCUGCGGGGGUUUGGGUGCUCAUUACGAUAAUAAAAAAUAAGAUGCACCAUUUUA